AUGACCGACAACAUGUCCACCACAUCAACUGUUCCCCAGCAGGGUCUCAUGGACCCUAUCGACUCUCUCCUUGACUUGUCGGACUACGACAACGUCCAGCAAUACAACUCACCGACGCUUUCGCCGGCAACGUCCAAGAACAACUUUGUCCGCGCUACCGCGGCCUCGACUCCCUCAUCCAUACUCUCUGCGACGCAGCCGAUGACCGGUCCCAGUCACCAGUAUGACCAGUACAAGCAGCAGACCGGCUUCGUGCCCGGCGCUCUGGCAAACACGUUUGCCGUCAACCAGAACAACGCCCAGAUGGGCACCACCUUUAACAACUACGACAUGAGCUACAUUCCCGUUGGCAGCAACGACGAGAUGUUUGACUUUAACACUGCUCCUCACAAUGCGUCAGUCAGCCCAUCGGAUAUCGGGCUCGACUUCGAGUCGUCCUCAACCAACGGCAGCUACUACAUCGCAGAUGGUAACACACCGAUGAGUGUUAUUCCCGGCCAGGCACCGCAGGUCAUGGCCAUGCCAUCAAACCUUGCACCGAACAAUGGCCAAGCAAACACCGUUGGCCGUCUCUGGCCCGGUAUGCAUCAGCAGGCCGCCAUCGCCAAGGCGCAGGCUCAACAGCGUCAGCAACAGCAGAUUAUCCAGCAGCAGCAGCGGCAAAACCAGGUGAAGCAACAGCAGCAACAGCAGCAGCAGCAGGGCCAGCGCCACAAGUCUGCUCAGCCCGCGGAUCCUAUCGUGGAGCAGAAGAUCACCGAGCUGCUCAACUCCAUGCGUCAGAAGUCAUCUUCGCCGACGGAUGCUAACGGCAUGCCAAUUGUGAACAUUGGACGGCCAAAGAAGGACGAAGACGACAUGGACGAGGACGAGCGUCUGCUUGCCAGCGAGGAGGGCAAGAAGCUUUCUAGCAAGGAGCGUCGCCAGCUGCGGAACAAGGUUUCUGCGCGGGCAUUUCGGUCAAGGAGAAAGGAAUACAUCUCCCAACUCGAGGCUGAGAUUGCCACCAAGGUGUCUGAGAACGGUGACUUGCGGACACAGAACCGGUCUCUGAUCGAGGAGAACAAGCGGUUGUCGGAUCUUACGCGCAUGCUUUUGGGCUCUCCGUCGUUCUCUGACUUCCUUGACCGGCUCAGUUCCAACCCGUCGCUGAUCCCGCAAGGCCAGGCCCAGCAGGCGCCGCAGCCGGAGCCGAGACAGGAGCGUCAGGCGCCGAAAGACAGCAAUCCGUAUUCGGCUCAGCAGCAGAUCGGCAUGGCCAUGAUUCCAGAGCAGCACGUCGACCUGUCGAUGCUCCAGCUGGACGAGCCGACGUAUGCCUUCCAGCCUCAAGUCUUCGCGGUGCAGAGCCUGGAUAUUCCUGCCUGCAUUGAUGCAUCGAUGUUGUCGGGCAAGACGUCCAACUUUGUCGGCUGCAGCGUCUACGAUGCCGACGAGGAGAAGAUGGAUAUGCCGGUCAUUGCGCAUCCCAUUGUGGAGAAGAGGGUUAUGGAGACGCAUGCCACUGUCCCCGUUGACGAGUCUUUUGAGAACGACCCCGCCUUUUCUCUGUACCACGAUGCGCCCACUACUGCGGCAGCUGUUGUCACAUCAGCUACGGAGUCGUUCAAGCCCGUUGAGCUCAACAACGUGACGAUGCCCAAUGUCGAUGUCUUUGGCGGCAUCGACUCGGAGAAGGCUCUGGCACGGUACGAACUUGUUGAUGUUGUCGAUGGACGCGCUGGCGCGGUGUCAGAGGAGGUUGCGAUUGCUAGGAUAAACCUGCUUGCCAGCAAUCUGAAGGGGAUAUCUGCAAGGCUGGACAUGCUCGUCCCCGAAGCUUGA